GACAUUAUGUGGGACACUUGGAGUCUUGGACAGGGAUAGUGACCCAGCCAGACAUGACCAAGCUAGCCAAGGCCAUGAAUCAGAGUAUUGCCAGCAGACACCUUGUUGCAGUAGAAGAUACACACGGAAAGAAGAGAAGAAAUGGCAACUCUCACAAGGCGAUUGAAAGCAUUGACGACUAAGUCACCAAAUGAUGUAGUGAUUUUAUCAGCUGUUCGCAGUCCUAUUACACGAGCUUUCAAAGGAGGUUUCAAGGAUGCGUGGCCAGAGGAUAUUCUUGCGCCAGUUAUGGCCGAAUCAGUACGAAGAGCCAAAAUCCAACCCGGAGACGUCCAAGAUGUCCUCAUAGGGAAUGUCCUUGCAGAGCUUGGCUUCGCAAAAACCGGUAGAAUGGCGCUACUACACGCUGGAUUUCCAACAUCAACGACAUUUCACACCGUAAAUCGUCAGUGCUCGAGUAGUCUGCAGGCUUUAACUCAUAUGGCACAUGCUAUACAGGCAGGCCAGUUUGAUGUUGCUCUUGCUGGAGGCGUCGAGAGCAUGUCGAAGAACUAUCAAUCCAGAGGAAUACCCCAAGACGUGGGGCCGAAUUUGCGCAACACCAAGAUCAAAGAAGCUGCGGACUGUCUUAUGCCUAUGGGCAUUACAUCGGAGAAUGUUGCUAGGAGAUAUGGAGUCGACCGUAAGAUGCAGGAUGAAUAUGCGCUGUUGAGUCAUACUCGUGCGAACGAGGCUCUUGCUGCUGGUAGAUUUGAAUCGGAGAUCGUGCCGAUUGAGUAUACAGCGUAUGACAACGAAACUGGGGAAACUUUGCAGGUUCGAGUGGCUGCAGAUGAUACCAUCCGACCAAACGUGACUUUGGAGAAGUUGAACAGGCUCAAACCUGCAUUUUUAGAGGACGGGGGCAGCACUGCUGGAAACUCGUCUCAAAUAUCCGACGGUGCUUCGGCAACAAUCCUAGCCCGCCGCUCAUGGGCCACUGAGCGUGGUCUAAAACCAGUAGCACGAUUCCUCGGAACCCAAGUCGCUGGCUGCGAGCCUGAUGAAAUGGGGAUGGGGCCAGUCUAUGCCAUUCCGCGACUGUAUAAAAAUGUCGGUAUAGAGCAGAAAGAUGUUGGCAUUAUCGAAUUGAACGAGGCGUUUGCAAGCCAGACCCUGGCGUGUAUUGAUAAGCUUGGCUUGGACGUUGAUGAGGUUAAUCCGAAUGGUGGUGCUAUUGCUAUCGGACAUCCGACUGGAGCAACGGGGACAAGACAGCUUGCGACGCUGAUUGCUGAGCUUGGAAGGAGUAGCAAGGAGAUCGGCGUUAUUAGCAUGUGUGCUAGUACUGGGAUAGGUGUUGCAUCCGCCAUUAUCAUGGAAUAGUUGAGCCAGAAAAUCAUUUUCGCAUAGAAUUGUUCUGUUCGCAACUUGUAGCGACCAGUGUUCAUGUAGAUUGAUUGCAAGUAUGACAGGCAGAUUGUUAAGUAGAAAUAAUAAUAAAUAUG